AUGGUAGGAAGCUGUUUGCAUUUUUGGGCCUGCAGUGACAAGGUGAGAGAACAGUGUUACUGGAGCCCAGCAAAAACUGGAGCCAUGAAAGAUGGGCCACCCAACCAGAGCUGUGGUCAUGGAACCGUGAUGGUCCGAUGCACUGACUACCUGGCGGAUGCAAACCAGACUGGGAUGAUUCACUUCCACUUCCGCCCCUUCUCCAAACUCCCCGAGGUACAGACGCUGAUUUUCGUGACCUUCCUGAUUAUGUACCUGGUCAGCCUCAGCGGCAACAUCUCCAUCUCUCUCAUCAUCUGGGGCGACCGUUCUCUCCACACCCCCAUGUACUUCUUCCCGGCCAACCUGGCAGCUCUGGAGAUCUGCUACUCCUCCACCAUUGCCCCUCUGACUCUGGCCAGCACCACGGAGAAAACCCUCAUCUCCCUGCCUGGCUGUGGUGCCCAGAUGUUCUUCUUCAUAUUCCUGGGUAGCGCUGACUGCAUUCUGCUGGCCGUCAUGGCCUAUGACAGGUUCGUGGCCAUCUGCCACCCUUUGCGUUACGCCUUCAUGAUGAGCCGGCGGUUGUGUGCCCGACUGGUCCUGGGCUCUCUGGUGCUGGGGUUCAUCUUGGCCAUGCUGCUGACUGUGCUUAUCUUCCGACUGCCCUUCUGCAGCAGCAAAGAAGUCAGCGUGUUCUACUGCGAUGUCCUUCCUGUCAUGAGACUGGCCUGUGCCGAUACCCGGGUCCACGAGGCCACCCUGUUUGUGGUUGGUGUCACUGUCUUCACCAUCCCCUUCCUGCUGAUCACCCUGUCCUAUGUCUUCAUUGGGGCUGCCAUCCUGAAGAUGCGCUCUGCAGCGGGGAGGCACAAGGCCUUCUCCACCUGCUCCUCCCACCUGACCAUGGUUCUGCUCCAGUACGGAGGUGGAAGCUUCAUCUACCUGUGCCCCAGCUCCAGCUACUCUCCAGAGAGGGGCCAGGUAGUGUCUGUGGUUUACACAUUCGUCACCCCUAUGCUGAACCCCUUGAUCUACAGCAUAAGGAACAGAGAGCUUAAGGGUGCUUUGAAGAGAGCAAUGAUGAGGUUCCCGCUGUUGUAA